AUGGCAAAAACAAUCAUGUACACGCUCCAGCUCUCCUGCAUCCAAAUAGCCAUAGCCUUGCUCUUGUUCACUCAAGCCAAGGGCACCACAGAGGAUACAUCUGCCCUGCAUCCAAACGAUGCGCCCGCCAGCUGUGUUGCCGGUGAGAGGUCUGCCCUUCUUUCCUUCAGGGCAGGCUUAUCAGACCCUUGUAACCUCCUUUCGUCAUGGAAGGGCGAUGACUGCUGCCGAUGGAAGGGCGUCUACUGCAGCAACAGAACCGGUCAUGUUGUCAAGCUCGAUCUCCAAGGCUCUGAUGAUUACAGGCAGGCGCUAGCAGGCAACAUAAGCUCCUCCUUGCUUGGUUUACAACAUCUACGCUAUCUCGAUCUCAGCGACAACGGGUUUUACAAGAUACAAAUACCGGAGUUCAUGGGUUCUCUCCAUCAGCUGAGAUAUCUCGACCUAUCAAGCUCACUGUUCAUUGGAAGGAUACCACCGCAGCUGGGUAAUCUCUCCAACUUACAGUACCUAAAUCUUGAGUCCUACUCAGACACAUAUUCCACUGAUAUCAGCUGGUUGUCACGGUUAACUUCCCUUGAACACCUAGAUAUGUCUCAGGUGAACCUCAGUACAAUUGUUCACUGGCUUCCGGUUGUGAACAUGCUUCCAACUCUGAAAUUUCUUGGUCUUUCCGCUUGCCAACUUAGAACUUGCCCUGAUUCUCUUCAGCUCUCAAAUCUGACAUCUCUUGAAACACUCGACCUUUCAGAUAACCAGUUCCAUAAGCGUAGCAGGCCCAACUGGUUCUGGGAUUUAACUAGCCUCAAGUACCUAUAUAUCUGGGAAAAUGGUUUCUAUGGCCCGUUUCCAGACGAGAUAGGUAAUAUGACCGCCAUUGUGGAGCUUGAUUUCAUAUAUAAUAACCUUGUGGGCAUGUUACCUCCCAGUAUGAAGAACCUAUGUAAUUUGGAGAAAUUGGCUUCCGCCGGGAACAAUAUGAACGGGAGUAUAACAGAAUUAUUCCAUCGAUUACCCAAUUGUUCAUGGAAUAAACUACAAGACUUGUUUCUAGCGGAGAGUAAUCUGACUGGAAGCCUGCCAUCUAUACCGGUACAAAGAUUAAGCAACCUGAGCCGACUGUAUCUCGCUAAUAACAGCCUCACUGGUCAUGUCCCGGUGUGGAUAGGAGAGCUCAAACAGCUAACGACGUUGGCCCUUAACUCUAAUAACCUGGAUGGCGUCAUCCAUGAAGGCCAUUUAUCACGUCUAGAGAUGUUAGAGAAAUUGGUAUUGUCAGACAACUCCAUAGCCAUCAGAGUGAGUCCAAAAUGGGUUCCUCCUUUCAGUCUGAAACAGAUUCACCUUCGUUCCUGUCAGCUAGGGUCUAAAUUCCCAACGUGGCUUAGAUGGCAAACACACGUAUGGAGUCUUGAUAUAUCAAACACAAGCAUAAAUGACAUGAUACCGGAUUGGUUUUGGAUAUCAGCUUCCUCGGUAGAGUAUCUGAAUGUCCAAAAUAAUCAGAUCACAGGAGUCCUACCAUCAACAAUGGAAUUUAUGAGGGGAAAAGGAAUGGAUUUCAGUUCUAACCAGCUUGGUGGUCCAAUACCUAAGCUUCCCAUCAAUAUAACCGGCCUGGAUCUCAGUCAGAACAACUUAGUUGGCCCACUACCAUUAGACUUUGGAGCACCAAGACUUGAAACACUUCUUCUAUACAAUAAUAUGAUCUCUGGCGUCAUUCCAUCUUCUUUGUGCAAGUUGCAAUCAUUGCAGCUGCUAGAUCUAUCAAGAAAUAAUCUCAAUGGGUCAAUUACUGAUUGCCUAGUCAACGAGUCCAGCACAAGCAUGGCAGGUCUUAGUAUCACUAAUCUAAGCUUAAGAAACAACAACCUCUCGGGCGCAUUUCCUUUGCUGCUGCAGAAAUGUACACGACUCAUGUUUCUUGAUCUCAGCAAUAAUCAGUUCUAUGGGACUUUACCAGCAUGGAUUGGGGAGAAGCUACUGUCUUUGUCAUUCUUACGACUGAGAUCCAAUAUGUUUCAUGGUCACAUUCCAGUCGAGCUUACGAAGCUUGUUAAUCUCCAAUAUUUGGACCUGGCAUACAACAAUAUAUCAGGGAGCAUACCGAGAUCUAUUGGUAAUUGCACAGGCAUGACACAAACAAGAGGUAACUCUGAUAAUCUUCAGUAUGCCUUCAAUUAUAUAUCUGGGGUUAAUGACAAUGUACUAGUUGUCUACAGUGAGAAUUUCACAGUGCUCACAAAAGAGAUUCCUGAAGAAAUCACCACUCUGGUAGAAUUGAAGAGCCUGAACUUAUCGUGGAACAACUUCGUUGUAAAAAUCCCUGAGAAUGUUGGUGCCUUAAUUCAAGUGGAGUCGCUUGACCUAUCACACAAUGAUUUGUCUGGUGAAAUACCUGCUGGCUUAUCGGCUCUCAUGUCACUGAGUCGCUUGAACCUGUCCUACAACAAUCUGAGAGGAAAGAUACCAACAGGAAAUCAACUGCAAACACUCGAAGACCCGGCAUCUAUUUAUAUCGGCAACCCGGGCCUUUGCGGUUCUCCUCUCUCAUGGAAUUGUUCACAUCCCGAGCAAGUUCCAACUACCAGAGAGCGCAAGGGGGAUGCAAUGAGCGACAUGGUUUCGUUUUCCCUCGCCACCGGGUCUGGAUAUGUGAUGGGUCUGUGGGUGGUCUUUUGCACCUUCUUGUUCAAGAGGAGAUGGAGAGCUGCUUGGUACUCGCUGUGCGACAAUUUGUAUGACCAUGUUUAUGUGCAAGUGGCUGUUACCUGGGCUUCCUUUAGAGAUAAGGAGGAUGAAGCCGGUGAUGGCAAGGAUGAUGAUAACAUGUCAGGUGAUGGAGCUGAUUUUGAUUUAUUUUUUCUGGCCUCGAAGAUGUUCGAUUCUGCAAGAGCAGUAGUUGAGAAGAACCCAGACAAUACAAUGGAAGGUGGUCUCUGCUUUGUUUGCUACUCCUGCAUUUAA